AUGAGCGCAUCUAUCUCGGCGGCGCAACCACUCGAAGAAAGAGACAUAUCCUCGAGCUGGGCUGGAGUCAACUCCUACUUUCUUCAUGCCUAUCAAAAAUCCGAUCGCUUGGCCGUCCUUGACGCAGUCAAAGAUGCCAAGCUCAAGACGUUGCGUAUCUUCAUCUCUCAUACACUCCAGAACAACAAAGAUACCGGCUCCGUCAACAUGCCCGACAUCGAGCCACGGCAGGUCGGCACAUACGAUGACACCCAGCUACGUGCCAUUGAUCAGCUCAUGCUUGAAGCGCGUGAACGAGGCAUCAAACUAGUUAUCGCUAUGCAUGACCGCUACCAGUUGGGUUGUUGGGGAAAUGACACAUACGUUUCCAAAUACAAACUUCCUGCUAUUGACUGCGCGAAAACGCCUGCCGCUCAGAACGAUGUAACAUUCUUUUACCAGGAUGCAUCGCCAAUCUACGACUUUGACAACCGCCUUACAUAUAUCCUCCAACACAAGAAUCAGUUGAUCUCGGGUUCACCGCAAUGGAAAGAUCUUUCGGAUUACAUCUUCGCGUUCAACAUACAAAAUGAAGGGCAGGGGCAUUUGCGCAACAACAUCGCACCUGCACCAAAAUGGUGGUGUGAUCGAAGCAAGAAGAUGCGAAGCAUCAUGGGAGAUAGCAAGAUUCUCAUCUCAACAGGUGGUGGAAAUGAAUUUCCCAAUUCCGAUAUCCCCGAGAAUUGGAGCUGCGCAACACUUGAUCUCAUCGAUAUCCACUCCUACAGCGGCGUUUCCGAAUGGCGCAACAAAGCGCCCAUCGCCCUACAGCACGCUCAAGCCGCCAAGAAACUCGUGCUGUUCGAAGAAUUUGGCGCUACUGGUUCCGACAAGGCUAGUGUUGUAGGUCAGCAUAUCGACAUCUUCAAUGGGCUCAAGGUACCAUGGAUGGUUUGGCAGAUCAACAAGCCAGGCAAAGGUUCUGCAGACUAUGAAUUCUGGACCAACGAAGCUACGUUUGGGGUAGUGAAGCAGGGGGCAGCCAAGGCCUUGAGUAUCUCUGCUGCUCAAACAUUUCCUAAUCUUGUAUGA